GUCGAGUUUGUUUGUAUUAGGCCCUAGCGACGACUACUUCUAUAGACUGUAUACACUGACAUCGAUAAGUUGAUGGCGAGAGAUCGGCACACUAGUUAGAAACUUAGAAGAAGAAUGACAUCGUUACAACUGUUCCCGAAUGUGGAACAAAAACCUUUGGUACCCAUCGAGUGGGGAACUGCUAAAUUAGGAGGAAAUCUUAAAGUUAAGGAAAAUAUUUGGACGCCAAAGACACCAACGUGGCAGUAUAGUGGUAAACCAAUCGACCAACACUACACACUCACCCAACUUAAGUUAAGCAACGUAAGAUGGAACGAUCAGCUCUUGACCAAGCCCCAAGAACUGGACAUCGGCAAACUGAGUAUCGACAAGCCCUUCCCCGCGGAACACCCACACAGUUCACAUACGUCCAGAUCAGCGGUAUUUCCAUCAUUUGCCAACUCCCCAGAAGAUCCAAAACGUGGCGUGGACGCAAGAAAAAACAAGCCAAAGGAUGCAGAGAUGCCUUCACAGCCAUAUGAAUGCACCAUUAUUUCCAAAACUAAAGGGUCUGGAUUGAGGCGUGAGAUUCAAAAGCUGCCAUCAGAAGCUAACAAAGAUCCCCUUGUUUGGCAAGGAAAUGAUAACUUUUUCCAGAAUGUGAAAGGCCCAGAGAAAUCUCAACAGCAGUUAUUUCCCUCUCCGCCAAAGACCGUCAUACCCAACUUAGAAAAGCGCCCAGUGGAUCAACAAGUCACCCCGAAAACGGCAAACGCCCUGCGAAACAUAGAGAGAAACCAGUGGCAAACAACCUAUGACCUAAACCACACUGGUAUUGGACCUCUUAACCCACUUAAACUUGACAACUACGAUGAUAAGAAACAGAAAUACGCAGAGAUUGGACUCAUUGAUGAUAAAUUGUAUCCUAGCUCUGUCAAUACAUUUGAUCCACCACGACCCUUUGAGGGUAGAAUAACAAGAGGCGUCACCCCUAAAGCAAAAGAACACAGCCAGUUUGACAAAUUCCAAGGAAACCCUGAUUAUAUAAGAAAGAUGACCUUGACCGAGCUUGAGGAACAUAGACUGCUCCACGGGAAGCAGUAUGUAAACCUACCAAAUAAGACCAACCCUGGAAACAAACAUACCAGCCAGGAAUGGGUCAGAACACAAGAAGAAAGCCAUCCCGAUCAUGGUCUCGGGACCCUAUACACUUCAAAAGGAAGAGCACAAACUGAAGAUAUUCCCUACAAGCCGGCGAGUGCCCCUUCACCUCCCCAAGAAGGUAACUACCUUGCUCCAAUGCGUGAGGCUCAACAUGACGCACAUCAACAGGUUGAAGCAGCUAAUCGUUGGCAGGUGCUAGAGCUUCAUAAACCACACCAUGACCUUCAGGCUAUGAAGCAUAAACUUUCAAAGGUCAGCGGGAAGACCCAACCCAAGGUGUUCUACAAUCAUGAAGGCGAAUUUACUGCCGAGAGAGCUGGACUUUAUGAGACAAGCUAUAAUCCAUACAAACUAGCCAACUCUCUAGAUGAUAAACACAGCUCUACUGCUUCGCGGAUGCUCACUGGGGACUCUCACAAAAACGCCUUGAGUCAUCCAACUCACCUUAAUGGAGAGAUGGCUGCCCUUUGGGACCAAAGUGAAACGCAGAAGAACCCGCUUCCUAAUAUGCAAGAAGCAAACAAUCAUCGUGAUGUGUUAGCCCCUUACGAACAAGUGAGAGACAUUCAGAAAACGAUGUUACAACCCAAUGUUGAGACCGCCGAUAUACGAGUCCAGGAAAACGGUGUUGUGCUUACAGAAAGCACAAUGGGCGAAAGCUACAAUUCACAGAAGUUUCUCCAAGAGAAUCAGCUCAGCCCUUUAAUCAGACAAGAGCCCAUUAAUCUGAUGUCGUACUCAAACCAAACCAUCGACCCCAAUGUUCGCCAUGCAGCUAUGUCUCUGCUGAAGUCUCCCCCGAGGAGUUCGAAUACGGGAAAGAGCGUCAAGUUUAAUGAGAGUGUUGAGGUGGCAGUCGGCGCUGGCGGAGAGCCGAUCAGAUUAAGUACGGCCAGUAUAGCAACUCCUAAACAAACCCAUCCAGUGGGAUACUCCCAACAGAAUAAUCCACCUAUUCAUCAGACCCAGCCAAACAAAUUGGUCAAUGAGAACCAGUAUCAGAGCAGACAGGGACGAUAUGAACUGAACCAGUUGAACUCGAUUGAAGAAAACGCAAUGGCACCUAACACUGCAUAUAUAUCUCGGCAUAUCAAUGAACCAGCUGUUGCCGAGAAUGCUACCAUAGCCCACACUGUACCAGGUACACCACUACGCAAAGCACGACCGGAAACUGCCACAAAUAUAUUUGCUUCGAAUUCAACAAACGUUGCCCCAGCAGGCAUGAAUAAAUCAUGGGAGUACAAAACUGCUUACAUGAACCAAUUUAAACCAGAGGACUAUUCAAAUCUUAAUUACAAAACCGACGAAGCAUUUAAUUACACCUGUGGUACUGGGCUCCCUCGGCCACAAUCAAAUUUAAAUCUUGUCCAAGACAGUUUCUCAAAAACGAAAGCAUAUAAGGAGUUUCAUGAAAAGUUUACUGAGAAUAACCCAGAUUUGAGGGAAAAUAUUAUUUUUGGACAGAAGCAUCAAUUUUACCCCAAUAAUGAAAUGAAUGCACAAGUGUUACACGAUUCUGCACCCAACUUUCAUAUAUUCUAAUGAGGAUGAUAUGAUAAAUCAUGAGAUUAUAAAUCAGUGCAAUACAAAAACACGCUAGACGAGUACAUUCGUCUACCGUUAACGUUUUCUAAUUGAUAACGAAAGCUGACAGCACGCGCUAAAUUGCCAUGGUUGGGAUCACAGAAUUAAACACAUUGCAUUCAUUUCUUAUAGAUAUCUUAAUAUCAGUAUUAGAAUUCGUGUACAGUAUUAUAAAGGUGCGAAUAGACACCUUGAAAUGUAUAAUGAUCAGUAUUAUUCUUGUUGACUAAGCUACGUGCCAAUAAAUCACAUGUGAAAGCAAAAC